AUGUUUUUUGUUAUGAUCAUAACACCUAUAACAAAGGCAAUAGAUACAAACCCAGUGCAUGAUCCAUGUUCAGAUGCAAAGGUGCAAAGAUGGGAUGGUUUUACAUUUGGCAUCGCGUUUUCGUCUAAGGAAUCCUUCUUUUCUCCUGAUCAAGUUCAGUUAUCCCCUUGUGACUCUCGCCUUCAGCUCGCUAACAAAGCUCAACUCGCGAUCUUUAGGCCUAGAAUCGACGAAAUCUCCCUCCUUACUGUCAACUCCACCUCCAGCCCUGAAACAACGGGCGGAUAUAUGGUAGCCUUUGCUGGAAGAGAAUUUGCUGCUAGAUCACCACCAGUUUUUGUUGCAGAUGGUACUAAUAUAGUAACAACAUUUACUCUUGUACUUGAUUUCGAAAAGGGUACACUCCAAAACUUGUACUGGAAAACGUUUGGGUGUGAUUCAUGCAAUAAGGAUUAUCAAGUAUGCCAUGAAAACAAAGAGUGUGCUGUGACAUCUUCGAAGUGCAAAGACAAAGGUGGCUCUGUAGACUGUACAAUCAACAUUCAGCUAACAUUUUCAGGCACAGAUAAAAAUGGGGAGGUGCUUAACUCAUGGUACGAAAUGAAAAACAUGAGGCGUUUCUCCCUUUUCAAUCUUUUCGCCGGUCUUCAGAAUACAUUUACCAAUGGUUUGUUGUAA